AUGCCUCUAAACGGGCGACGGCUUCCUAAAAUGAGACUCUGGGGACUUCUGCCUUUCCUGAUCCCCUUCAUCUUCCUGUGGAGUAUCUGGGAAGCUGAGCCAGCAGAGGGGUUCUUUAUCAGAUCAUGUCCAAAGAAUAAAGUAAAGUGUAGUUUUGAAGAAAGAGACCAGUGUUCACGAAACAAACCAUGUCCAGCGGAUCAAAGGUGCUGCCUGUUCGUCUGUGGGAAGAAAUGUCUGGACCUCAGUGAAGAUGUAUGCAGUCUGCCACGGGAUCCUGGUCCCUGCUUGGCCUACCUUCCACGCUGGUGGUAUGACCAAGACACCAAGCUUUGUACUCAAUUCAUCUACGGUGGUUGCCAAGGGAACCCUAACAACUUCAUAUCUAAAGAUGUCUGUACAACCGUUUGCUUAAACUAA